AUGACACUGACAACAAGCGAAGACGAUAGCCUGAUGGCUCAGGCGAACGAGCAGCUUGAACGCGAGCUGCUACAGAGUCAGAAACCCACACUCGCUACAUACCGAGCGCCCCGACGCGUGGUGUCUCUCGGCAUCUCCCCCAGCUACGUCAAAGACUGGGUGCCAGCAGAUGCUUUUCGGGAAUUGUAUCAAAAUUGGAAGGACGCCAUCAUGGAAAGAUUCAAUCUUGACCGUCAGAGCUUCCAGCCAUUCGUGGAAGACUACAGUGACCAUCUCUCAAUCAUUGUUCCCGACCCAGAAUCUUGCCGACCAGCCAGCGGAGCAUGA